UUAUAUAUAAAAAAAAUGGCCAGCCACCGACAAGAAGAAAACUAGUUAUUUCGUUUUUUUAUAAAGUUUUCAUUUCAUUCUAAAUGGCUGCAUUAAAAUAGAAUUUAAAAAUUAAAAAAUAAAAGAAAUUUGUCAUCUUAACACAAUUUUGAAUAAAAAUGAGUGAUUCGGAAAGUGAAGAAACCCCUCCUGGAACCAUCAAUCAACUAGAAAGUAGUGACACUGAAGAAACUACUGACACUCUUCCAAAUGUCACCACAAAAAAUCCACUAGAUUCAUCAUCAUCAAAACGUAAACGUAGAGAAAGUACUAAUGACCAUGAGGACGAUACCGAUAUUUCCCCUUCAAAAUGUCCCAAAGUAGACAAUCCCAAUGCAACUGAACACUCGAGUGUCGUUGCCUCUCAUUACAACAAACUCAAAGAAGCUGGACUUGGCGAACGCUCCAGAUCACGUAUUUUAUACAUGCGUAAUUUUAACAACUGGACAAAAAGCAUGUUCAUAAAUGAGUAUUUAAAUAAAAUAAAAAACAGCCGAAAACUCGGUGAACCCAUUCGAGUAAUGGACAUGUGUUGUGGCAAAGGCGGUGACCUAUUUAAAUGGGAAAAGGGUGGAAUUACUCAUUUAAUUUGCACUGACAUUGCCGAAGUCAGUGUCGAACAAUGUAAAUCUCGUUACGAUGGCAUGAUGAAUCGGAACAACAAAAUGGGUUCACGUUUUUCGGCUGAAUUCUUUGCAUGUGAUUCGACUUUGGUGCGUUUGAGGGAACGCUACAAAGAUCGUUCACUAAAAUUGCAAUUGGUUAGUUGUCAGUUUGCUUUUCAUUAUGCUUUUGAGUCGUUGACUCAAGCUGAUUGUAUGGUUAGGAAUGCAGCUGAAUGUCUCGAACCAAAUGGUUAUUUUAUUGCAACCAUUCCGAAUGCAAAUGAGAUUAUGAGGAGAUUGAGACAGUCGGAGAAUCGAAAGUCAUUUGGAAAUGAUUUGUAUCGUAUUGAUUUUAUAUCGGAUGCUGAUAAGCCAACACUGUUUGGUGCAAAGUAUCAGUUUCAUUUAGAAGGAGUUGUGGAUUGUCCGGAAUUUUUGGUGCAUUUUCCGACACUGGUGAAGUUGUGUAGGAAGCAUGGAUUGCAAUUGGCGAGGAAGAGUACAUUUGCUGAAUAUUAUAAAGAAUUUUUUGAUGAAGGACGAUCUCUUUUGGAAAGAAUGCAGGCUUUGCAAUCGUACUUUGUACAAAAGACUUCGAAAGAUGAUGAGGAGUUUGCCCAUGUUAGAAAAGUAGCCAAUGCAACGAAUCACAAUUCUAAGCCUUAUGGAACUUUGUCAAAAUCUGAAUGGGAGGCAGCAACCCUUUACAUGGUUUGUGCUUUUAAGAAAUGCAACUAUACUUGGGAUGCUGAGGGAAAACCGGUCUAUGAAUUUGAUAGUUAGUUUUUAAUUAUUAUAAUUUUUUUUUCUGUUAAAAGUCCCACACUAAGGUGUUCUUUUUUUACAAAUUUUAUUGUGAACGAAAACAAAACUAAAUUUGUUUAUUGAUUUUUAAAUGAAAUUAUACAUAAACACGGACUAUAAUCACCAUAUUGUUAUAACGA